UUUACUUUGCCAUCAAUUCCUCCUUCAGUGCAGCCAGGGUUGUCCCCUCCAACCCAGCAGCAGGCACCUGCUAGACCUGCGGGUCCCUCUGUGCAAGCGUCAUCUCCUUUUCUACUUCAAAACCAAUAUGAACCUGUCCAACCCCACUGGUUUUACUGUAAGGAGAUAGAAUACAGACAACUCUGGAUGCCUUUCAGUGUGUUUGACUCUUUGAAUCUUGAAGAAAUCUAUAACUCAGUCCAGCCAGACCCUGAGAGUGUGGUUCUAGGCACUGACGGAGGGCGCUAUGACGUUUACCUCUAUGACCGGAUGAGGAAAGCCGUAUACUGGGAAGAGGAGCCAGCUGAAGUGAGACGCUGUACUUGGUUUUACAAAGGGGACACAGACAGCAGAUUUAUUCCCUAUACAGAGGAGUUCAGUGAAAAACUGGAGGCUGAAUAUAAAAAAGCUGUAACCACAAAUCAGUGGCACCGCAGAUUAGAGUUUCCGAGUGGGGAGACAAUUGUUAUGCACAAUCCAAAGGUUAUUGUUCAGUUCCAGCCCUCAUCAGUGCCAGAUGAGUGGGGGACCACACAAGACGGACAGACAAGGCCCAGGGUUGUAAAGCGUGGAGUUGAUGAUAACCUUGAUGAAAUUCCUGAUGGGGAAAUGCCUCCGGUUGACCAUGUGGUGUUCAUAGUGCAUGGCAUUGGACCUGUGUGUGACUUGCGCUUUAGAAGCAUUAUUGAAUGUGUGGAUGAUUUUAGGGUGGUUUCUCUCAAAUUGCUGCAGACACAUUUCAAGAAAUCUUUAGAUGAUCGGAAAGUAAGCAGAGUGGAAUUCCUUCCGGUUCAUUGGCAUAGUUCCUUGAGUGGGGAUGCCACGGGUGUUGACAGGAAUAUUAAGAAAAUCACUUUACCAAGUAUUGGUCGGUUUCGUCACUUUACUAAUGAAACCUUGCUAGACAUUUUAUUUUACAAUAGCCCCAUCUACUGUCAGAGGAUUGUGGAGAAAGUGGGAUUGGAGAUAAACCGUCUGUAUGCGCUCUUCAUGAGUCGGAACCCAGACUUCAAAGGAGGGGUCUCUGUUGCUGGUCACAGUUUAGGUUCUUUAAUAUUGUUUGACAUCCUGUCUAAUCAAAAAGAUUUGAAUUUAUCAAAGUCUCCUGGGCCUUUAGCUGUUGCUAAUGGAGUUGUGAAGCAGCCACAUUUUCAGGAAAAGCAGAUACCUGAAGAGCCAAAGCUGACGUUGGAUGAGUCUUGUGACCUUGAUGUUGAAAAUGAAGAAGUCCUGACUUUGCAAGAAACUCUGGAAGCACUUAGCCUCUCUGAAUACGUUAGCACUUUUGAAAAGGAAAAGAUUGAUAUGGAAUCUCUGCUUAUGUGUACAGUGGAUGACCUGAAGGAAAUGGGGAUACCCCUUGGACCCAGGAAGAAGAUAGCUAACUUCGUAAAACAUAAAGCAGUCAAACUGGUAAAGUUCAUCUCUGCAUCUAAAAGAAAAAACUCAUCUGUGAUUAGCUUGUUUAUAUUUUGGAAGUUUUUGUUAAUACCAUCAUGGUUAGGUCAGCUACUGUGCUCCCUGCCCAAGGGCACAGUAAUGGAGUUGAUGGAAGGCCUGACUUGGGAGUCAGCCAGAACUGGAUUCAAAUUCCAAUUAAAAUGCCAAUUCCUGGUUUUCCUGGGGCUGAGCAAAUUCCGGGAUGAAGGACUUUCAGCCUUAGAAUUGGUAUUUGGGAAUUUCCCAGUGCAACAACUGGGUAAGUCCUGGACAAAAAGAUGACUUGGUCACCCUGAUUCCCAGUUCAACCACUUAUUAACUACAUAUUCAUGAGCAAUUUGCGUAACUUUUCUGGUCCAUGGUUUCCUU